CGUCUGGGUGAUACUGAAUGUGAAGGACGGUCGAGCCGUUCGGUCGAAGCAUGGAUAGGACGUCAGAUUACUGAAAAAGAUACAGAAAUGCCGCGAUACGAAUUAGCUCUGAUUUUAAAAGAUCUGCCAAGGGCAGCUCUUGCUAAUGCUUUGAAGAGAAGCUGUCAACAUGUAUGGAAUGAACAAGGUGUUGUCAGAAAGAUAGAAAACUUAGGAACAAAACCAUUGCCAUACAGAAUGCAUGUACAUGGUUCAAAAAACAUCACAGGAAGCUACUUUGUGAUGAAGUUUGAUUCUAGCACAAUUGCUAUGGAAGCAAUCGAAAACAGAUUUCGCCAGGAUAGUGAAGUAGUUCGUCCAACCAUUUUUACAGUAGCGGAGGAGGAGGAGCGUCCAUGUAUGAGAGGAAUAGAGUGCCAGUUUGGUGAAGAUAUCUCUUUAGUUGGAGAACGCAUGACAUGGAGGACUAAAGCUCUUAAGAAAGCAAAUCUGUAUAAGGAUUUAAAACGGACAAGAAAGAGCUGAGAAACUAUAGAUACCAAUUACAUGUCUAUCAGUGAUAAAUGUGCUACUGAAGUGAAUGUGUGGUAGAAACUUACAAGUGAAAGACAUUUUGUUUAUUACAUACCGUACGUAGGUAUUAUUAUUGAAUUUGAAGUCUUAAGUACCUUAUAACAAUAACAACAUUCAUAGGUUAUUGUAAUGUUAACAAUCUCAGUUUCUGGUCACAUAUCUACAGUACCUCAGAUUAGGUAAAUAUACUGGUAUUAUACGAUGUUACAUACCAUAUUAGGAAUAUUGUUAUGGUUAUAUUUUUGCCUUCACUUCAAAUGAUGAAAUGUGACUUUCUAGGGAACAUUUCAUCCACAUUUUUCAUGUAAAGAAUUUUUGUUAUGUGCGUCAUAGUCAUGUUACAUUUCAAAAUUGGAGCAAUGUAUUCCAAAUUGUAAAUUGAGACAUUGGUUGUCAAGAGUCGACUGAAAUGUUGGAACUGGGAUACAAGUUUGUGAGGCAAUGGCAUGUCAAACCAAUGAGUCUUGUAAGGAAGUCAUCAUGCACUAUUCAUAUUUGUCAACUUAAACCACUAUAUUACUUACAGAUAUUCAAGUACUACAUGAGUCAUCACCAGUUUAUUUGUAAGAUUGGAUGAAUAUUGCAGUGUUACCAUUUCUGUCAAUCUGUUGAUGAAUGGAAAAAUGUUUUUGACAAAGACAUUUUAUAAAAUUCUGUGUGAAAAGGAAUAAAGUUGGUGUGUGAACUAUCAA